AUGGCAGAUGAGAAAAAAAAAUCAAAGGAGUCCAAGCCUGAGAACAACGAUCAUAUUAAUGUGAAGCAGGUCGGGCAGGGUGGUUCUGUGGUGCAGUGAAAGAUUAAGAGGUCUACCCCCCUCGGUAAACUAAUAAAAGCCUAUUAUGAACAGCAGGGUUUGUUAAUGAGGCAGAUCAGGUUCAGGGCUGAUGGACAAUCGACCAAUGAAACAGACACACCUGCACAGUUGGAAAUGGAGGCCAAACACAGGAUUGAUGCACUCCAGCGACAGACAGGAGCUGGCUACUUAAAGGAGACUUAUACUUUACUCCAGAAGAGUCUCCUUUAA